GGGCGCGGGGAUGACAGGAGGGAGUGGUGGAUGGGGAAAGGAACGCGCUUUUUAACUUAAUUUGCUACUUUACAAGGGCGUUACAGAUGUCCACGGUCCGGUCUCUCUGCCCCUGGGCGUUAUAAAUAGUAAAGGUUAAUUAGUUAGCUGAGAAAUUGGAUCAGGGGCGGGCAGUUAGAAUUUGAUCCAUAGACAGGUAACUCAAGCAAUCCCCUUUGUCACUGCAAUCAGACCUAUAUAAAUCCGCCUUGACGGACAGCAGUCACCACAUAGCCUUACCUCUCCGCUGGAUCACCAACCGGGCGAGAACCCACUUUGCACGGAAUAAAAUGUCGCUCUCAUCUAUCCUUUGCGCUGAUGCCAUCGACAGUGCUAUCAAGGACUGCCAAGUACCAGACUCCUUCUGCCCCAAGAAGUUUUUCCAGAUGUGUGGCCUCACCAAGAAAAGCCCCCAGGAUGUGAAGAAGGUUUUCGGGAUCCUGGACAACGACGGCAGCGGCUUUGUUGAGGAGGAAGAGCUCAAGUUUUUCCUCCAGAGGUUUUCCCCUGGUGCUCGCGUUCUGACAGACAAGGAGACUAAGGCCUUCUUGUGUGCUGCUGAUGACGACAGUGAUGGCCGAAUUGGAGCAGAGGAGUUCCAGGCCAUGGUCUUGUCCUAAACAACUGGACUCCAUCUCUCCAACUCAAUCUGACAACCCCCCCCCCCCAUCCUGCUCCUCCACUGCUUCAAGGGCUCUCUUAGUUUUAGUCAAUCAAUUUCCAUCCAUUAGAAAAAGUUUUUUGAUUCUUUUUAUUUUGCAGGACUCGCCGGAUCACAGACAUCAACAUUUACAUAUUUUUAUUUUCUUUUUUGUAUGUUUUAGACAGAUGAUAAAGCUAUAUCUCCCAAAAUAAAUGUACAAUUUACCAAAUUACUGAGA